AGUCAUGGCGGAACCUUGGCCUGGGCAGUUUUUGCAAGCUCUGCCCGCUACGGUGCUCGGAGCGCUGGGUACCCUGGGCAGCGAGUUCCUGCGGGAGUGGGAGACUCAAGACAUGCGAGUGACUCUCUUCAAGCUGCUCUUGCUGUGGUUGGUGUUAAGUCUCCUGGGCAUCCAGCUGGCGUGGGGGUUCUACGGGAACACAGUGACCGGGUUGUAUCACCGUCCAGGGAAAUGGCAGCAAAUGAACCUCUCAAAACCCACAGAGAAUAAGGGAAGGCAGCAGCAGAAGCGUCUCCAGAGACAUCACUGGGACUGCUGGCUCCUGUGUUGCAUCCUGCUGCUGCCCAGACCCCUUGGACAAUGGCAGAGGGCUUGGGGUUGGGGGACUGGAGUACCACAGUGUUUCCAGGGUGAGCCUCCAUGGCCUUCAGCCUUGCCUCCAACAGCUCCAGGCAGAAGCCAGCUAAUCCUGGCCUGGACCAGAGCACCAAACAUGGACUUCCUUGGCCCAGCUAGUCUUCCAGGCAGGCAGAGGAAGUUAUCAUUUCCCAACUGACCUAGUUAUCUGUUCUUUGGGGGCAAGUUGAGUACCUUCAAGACAGAGUGGAUUAAGAGUCCCUUACGUGCCAAUGGGGGGUUUUUUGGUUUGUACCUUGUCCCCCUCCUAGGGAGGUACUAAAAGCAGUUAGUGCAAUGACUUCACUGUGCCCUGCAGCCUUAUCACUUCCCAUCAGACAAGGGCCAUACCUAAGAGCCUGCUAGUAUCAUUUCAGCCCCUAGGAAUAUCAAUCAGUAAGAGUGAGCCACAAGCCAGAUAGCCCUGGCCCUUCAUAUUUUGUCAGAAGAGGUUCCAAAAAGCAUCGUGGAUCUGUCUCCUUCCCUAAUGGUUGUAUUUUUGCCUGUCUCAGCUGGGCCACUAGCUACCUCAAGUGUCCCACUGUCUCUUUGUUACAUGUCACAUAGCCUUCUAGCAGCCUUUGUCUACAAAGACUUUGUAGCAGGUUUACUAUAAAUGAAACUGUACUGAGCUCCUCAUGCACAAGUACCUACUCCAGAGAUGCAUCUGUAUGGCAAGGCAGAAAGAUGUCCUCCACAGCCUCAGAUCCACCCACUGACAUCACUACAAAGAGUCAAGGUCUCACAUUCCACCCCAGGAGCAACUGAAGAUGUGACAUAUUAAACACAGAAGUGAA